AGUUUAACAUAACCAUAUAAAUACCACCCCAUUAUUUUAAUAGUACACUUAUAUCACUGGUCUUAGGUGCUCUCCUACAGAACAUCUUUCUAAAAUAUACCUAAAGAUUCCAUCUAGAGAAUCACUCAGCACAGCAAACAUUGCAAUCAUUCACGUGUUGCAUAUAAAUGACUAUCUGAGUGGUGAGUUCUUCACAAAGAUACAUAGGUCUCUCUAGCAUGGACUUGAAGACAAAGAAACCAUCAAAGAAAGAAAUAAACAGGGGAGCAUGGACAGCAGAAGAAGAUGAAAAGCUAGCUGAAACUAUAGAGAUACAUGGUCCUAAAAAAUGGACAGUCAUUGCAACAAAAGCAGGUUUACAGAGGUGUGGCAAGAGUUGUAGGCUAAGAUGGCUAAAUUAUCUGAGACCAAACAUCAAGAGAGGAAAUAUAUCAGACCAAGAGGAAGACUUGAUUAUUAGGCUUCAUAAACUUUUAGGAAACAGGUGGUCACUGAUUGCUGGAAGACUACCAGGUCGAACCGAUAAUGAGAUAAAAAACUAUUGGAAUUCACAUUUAAGCAAAAAGAAGGAAAUAAUGGAAAAACAAACCGAUCAUGAUUCAACAAGAGAUGGCUCCAAAUUAGCUGAGAGAAGGACAGCAGUAGAGAUAGCUAACAACGAGAUGAAAGAAGAGGAUGUCGCCACCAAAGACAAACAUGGAGUUGAAUCUUCAAAGUUUAGCUUCAAUACCGAUGAGUUUUUUGAUUUCUCAAAUGAAGACCCCACAACUUUGGAUUGGGUCAACAGGUACCUUGCAGGUACCAGUAGUGUAUUUCUCUAGGUAACAUUUACUAUGCAUCGUCUAGUUCAGAAAAUAGGAGUACCAUGCCAGCCUAUAUAUACAAAUUACACUGUACUAAAACUUAAUAAUUGCAUCCAUACCUCGGAUUUCUGAGUUCUCUGGAUUCAUCUAUUUAUAAAGCUGUAGAUAACUUGGAAUUAUUACAAAUGCUUCCAUCCAGCUGGUGUCGUUUAUCCUAUGUAUAAGAUAUAUAGAAUAUCCAACUUUGAUAUA